AUGGGUUCAACAUUGGUGGAAACGAUCAAUAUCAAUGCAAAAGAUUUUACUGAACAUUUCCUAACUUGUUCAACGUGUAUCAACCAAUAUUCAUCGGAUUCUCAUGAACAUCAGCCGAAAUUAUUGCCAUGCUCGCACACGGUUUGUCGACAAUGCUUAGAACGUAUUGUUAGUUCUCAACCACGAUCAGAUGCGAUUAAAUGUCCAAUCUGUCGAGAACAUAUUCUACUGCCGCGAGGUGGUGUGACUUCAUUUCCACCGUCAUUUUUAGUUAAUCAAUUACUUGAUCUAAUGGUUAGUCAACGACGUGAUGUUAUACCGAAAUCCAUCAAACGUAUGAAUGAAAUUCUCUCGUUCAAAGCUUCGAAAACAACCAGUUGUUUGGAUCAUGCACUCGAAUUGGUCAAUAAUGAGAUUCUUCGCUUAGAUAGUAGUAUGGAAAAAGCGGCGGAAGCGAUUAAUCGAUCGUUUAGUGAAAUCAAAACUUACGUGGAAAAUCGUCGUCAUAAUCUGCUACAAUCGCUUAAAACAACACGAGAUUACAAGCAAAAAGUCCUCAAUGAUCAACUGAACGUGAUUUUAAAUGAAAAAGCAAAAAUUGAACAAGAAUGUGCCACGUUUCAACAAGCAUCGGAUAUUCAUGUUCUGACACAACGUAUUCAAAAAUUGAAUGAUCGAAUCGAACGAAUGUCCUUACUGGGUGAACCACGAGAAAAUUCUUUUAUGACAUUCGAGUUUCGGCAUAACCAUGCAUUGCAAGACUUAGCGCGUUCUUUGAAUAGCGUUGGUCGGAUACGUGUAUCAUCAACGUAUCCACCCUUAUGCCGAGCAAAAAUUGAACCACCAGUUGCGAAUCUACAAUGUGCGAUCCAUAUUGAAACUGUCGACUACAAUGGCAAUGUUCGAAUGGAUGGCGGCGAUCCAUUGACAGUCAAUAUUUGGGAUCCAUAUGGAAAACUAUGCGAAUAUGAUCUGCAUGAUAAACAAUGCGGAACGUAUACAAUUAUAUUUCGACCAUUGAUCAGUGGUCAUCAUAAGAUAGAUAUUCGUAUUUUCGAUCGACCUAUCUCAGGUUCGCCAUUUCUGGCUGAUGUAACAAAACAUAAUAAUCCAUUGUGGUCGUUUGGUAAACGCGGGCGAGGUGACAAUGAAUUAUCAAUGCCGGUGAGCGUUAUUGUCGAUGAUUGUAAUGAACGAGAACAAGUAUACAUCCUCGAUCCGGGAAAUAGUCGAAUCAAAUGUUUAACCAUUGACGGAAAAUUUGUCGAACAUUUAGCCACUAAUUCACUUGUCGAAGCAACAAGCACUGGCUUAGCGUACCGUUCAUCCACUUCAGCAUUCUAUCUAUUGGAUUGGAAAAGUAAAUUUAUCACUGAAUUUACUAUUGACAAUCGUCAAUCGUCAUCUACACCAUCGGAUAACAAUCAAGUUUCUGUUAUUCAUCAAAUAACAUGUUCAUCAUUCAAUGAACCAGUUCAAAUCGCUCUUUUUGAACAACAUACGAAUGCUGUCCUCGUAUGCGAUAACAAUACAUUGUUAAUCAUUGACAAUCGCACAGGUGAACUAAUCAAUAAAAUCGACACACGUUCGUUUGGUAUUAAAACAAUCAAAGCAUUCACGAUUGGCUUACAAGAUGAAAUCAUCAUUGGUGAUCAUCGAAUACAUAUUCUCUCCUAUGAUGGUAAAUAUCUUCGACAGAUUUCGUCAAUAAAUCAACAGCAAAUCGUCGAUGUUGACAUUCACAUUACUCAUGAACCACCAGAUCUCAUUGCAUCACAUCAUAGUAAACAAUCUACACUGUCAUCCAUUCAUCAACAUUCAAAGUCUGUAAAUAAUCUUCAGACAACGAAAGGAGGUUUCUAUACGGCGCUUUGUGUGGAUAAAAACGGUCUUCUUUUAGCUGGAAAAUGCGAAAAGGAUGGCAAUGCACAUAUUGAAAUCUAUGACGCCCAAGGUCAUUUGUUACGUAUUAUUGAUUCCUAUAAUCAACGCUUACGACGGCCGUGUUCAUUGGCAACAACAAACGAUGGUUGUGUAUUUUGUGUGGAUUUAACAACCGAUUCAGUACGCAAAUAUCGUUACGCAUAG